UUUCUGCAGCUGUUGAUCCCGUUCUACUUCUAGCUUCCGCCCUCCAGGCUGUUCUGAACUUUUCUCUAUAAAUUGAGGCAUCCGAGACAUUGUUCCUCACUUCUGCAUUUCUCUCCAUAAUCAUUUCUUCUUGAGCAUUUCGUGAUUGUUUUAUCUCUCAGUAAUGGCGAAUGAGGUGGUUCUGUUGGAUUUCUGGCUAAGCCCCUUUGGGAUGAGGAUUAGAAUUGCACUUGCUGAGAAAUGUAUCCAGUACGAGCAUAAAGAUGAGGACUUGAGAAACAAGAGCCCUCUGCUUCUUCAAAUGAACCCGAUCCACAAGAAGAUCCCGGUUCUCAUUCACAAUGGCAAACCCAUCUGUGAGUCUCUUAUCGCUGUUCAGUACAUUGACGAGGUCUGGAACCACAAAUCCCCUUUGCUUCCUUUGGAUCCUUAUCACAGAGCCCAAGCUCGAUUCUGGGCUGACUUCGUUGACAAGAAGUUUAAAACUGAGUGUGACUGGUAAUUUAGUUUACCGUGUCUAAGUUGUUAAUUUGAAAGGGAUUUAUGACGUGGGAAGGAGAGUGUGGACAACCAAGGGAGAAGAGCAAGAAGCUGCAAAGGAGUUCAUAGAGUGCCUGUAAUUGUUGGAGGAACAGCUGGGAGACAAGCCAUACUUUGGAGGGGACAACCUUGGAUAUGUGGAUGUGGCACUCGUUCCAUUCUACAGUUGGUUUGAAGCCUAUGAGACAUUUAGUAACCUUAAGAUAGAGGCCGAGUGCCCCAAAUUCAUUGCCUGGGCAAAAAGAUGCAUGCAGAAAGAGAGUGUGUCCAAGGCUCUUCCUGAUCAGCAUAAGGUCUAUGAGUAUGUGCUUCAGAGGAGAAAGAGUUCGGGCAUUGAGUAGAGUUUCAUAGAAGACAAAUGAUCUUUCAGUAAUCAUUUGCUUUACCUUCUGAAUAGUAAUUAUAUAAUAAUGAUAUGGCACUUUGGUGGGCCAUGCUACAUGCAUGUUUUCUUUCUCAGUGGGGUGUUUGUUGCUUUUUGAUUGGUACUUGGCGUCUGUUAUGUAUGUCUCAUCGUAUCAUGUGUUGUUGGUCGUUAUUACAGUGCACUACCUUUUCCUGCAUGUGUAACUAGACUCGGCUCAUCUAAAGAUUGCAAGUGCA